GCCAUCAUUCAUUGAUCAAGACCUUACCAAUCUCAUCGAUUUUGACUAAAUCAGUCAAACAUCCAACUACGGCUUGACCGCCCCCCUAACAUCAGCAAGAUGUAUACCAAGACCCUUGUCACGCUGGUGGCAGCCACCUUUCUAGGCCAAGCCAUUGCUAUCCCCCGUGGUCAAGGCUUUCGCCACGCGCACCAGAAGAAGGCCCUUGUCACGGAGCGGGUGACCGUCACAGACUGGGUCACCGUCACUGUCUACGAGGGUGACGAGACCAAGACCAGCCCCAAGGUCUUUUACACCCAAUCUCGCAAGUCCAGGCCCCAGUCCAGCACCGAGAGCACCACGACCUCCGAUCCGGUACCGUCUCCGGUUGUUCCAACCACCAUCGUUGUUCAAGUCACAUCUACCAUUGUUGCUCCCGAGCAGAACACCCCACCGGCCGUCGAGGCUAUCCCGUCUCCGAGCACCACUUCCGAGGUGGUUGUCGUCAACACCCCGCCUCCCCCACCACCGGCGCCUUCUUCCACUGCGCAACCUGCCCCGCCUCCCGCCCCUGUUCCUAUCCCCAUCCCCGUUCCUAUUGUUGGGGACAACAACGGAAACGAUGGCAGCGGCGAUGACACUGGUAGCAACGACGGCAAUAACGGAAACACCGGUGCCGGCGUCAAGCGUGGCCUCGUAUACAACAACCCCCAGUUGCUGAAGUCCCUUCUGAACGCUGGAACUAAGGUCUCCUGGGCUUAUAACUGGGCCCAGUACGACGACUCGGACACAGACCUCGAGUUCUGCCCCAUGCUCUGGGGCCUGAAGCUUGAUUUUCCCCAAGUGUGGCCCGGAAAUGCCCAAAAGGCGAUCGAUGCGGGAUCCCGAUGCCUGCUCAGCUUCAACGAGCCUGAGCUCGAGAGCCAGGCCAACAUGUCACCGGAGCUUACCGCCGAAAAGCACAUUGAGCUCAUGAAUCCCUUUUCGGGCAAGGCUCUCAUUGGUUCUCCGGCCAUCACCAACGGUGGUGGGCCUGACCAUGGUAUCCAGUGGUUGCAGCGUUUCUUCAAUGCUUGUGGUGGCAAUUGCGCUGUGGAUUUCCUCAACAUCCAUAUCUACGGCGUCGAUACCAACACAUUCCUCACUCAUCUGCGUGACGUGCAUACCGCCUUCAACAUGCCCGUUUGGAUCACCGAGUUCGCCUUUGAUGGCUCCGACGACGAGAUUAACGCGCAACUCGAGACGGUCAUUGACCAGAUCGAGACCAACGCGACGUACUCCUUUGUUGAGCGCUACUCGUACUUCAUGGUUCAGGAUGGCACCAUGGUCAAGGGCAAUACACCCAGCGUUUACGGCAACACCUUUGCCUACGGAGCUUAAGAUGGCGCCCAGCCGCCUUUUGCUUCUAUGACAGCAUUUCGAUUCUACACCCCAGUUUCAUGGCUACGCCUGGAAGGACUUUUUAACCUCUGUCUA